GUAAACAUUGAGGUGGCUGCAUCACUGUAGUAUGCUAAUUUUAAGUCCUUUGGGUAUAGACCGAGGAGUGGGAUAACUGGGUUAAAUGAUGGUUCCAUUCCAAGUUUAUUAAGGAAUCUCCAUACUGCUUUCCAAAGUGAUUGUACCAUUUUGCAGUCCCAUCAGCAAUGAAAUCAGUGUACCAUUCCCCACACAUCCUCGCCAGUACUUGUUGCUUGAAUUCUUGAUAAUUGCCAUUCUGACUAGAGUGAGAUGAAAUCUUAGUUUUGUUUUGCAUUUCUCUAAUUGCUAGAGAUGUUGAACAUUUUUUAAAUAUAUUUGUUGAUUCAUUGUGUAUCUUCUGUAUAUCUUCUUCUGUGAAGUGUUUGCUCAUUUCCUUAGCCCAUUUAUUGAUUGGGUUGCUCUAUCUGAUGUCCAUGCGAUAGAUUUUCUCCCAUUCUGUUGGCUCUCUCUUCACGUUAUUGAUUGUUCCCUUUGCUGCAGAGAAGCUUUUUAAUUUGAAUCCAUCCCAUUUAUUGAUUGUUGAUUUUAUUUCUUGUAAAGGAAGUCAGGUCCUAAGCCAACAUGAAGAAGAUUUGGGCCUGCUUUUUCUUCUAUUAGGUGCAGAGUCUCUGGUCUAAUUCCUAGGUCCUUGAUCCAUGUUAAGUUUUGUGCAGGGUGAGAUAGAGAGGUUUAAUUUCAUUUUGCUGCAUAAGGAUUUCCAGUUCUCCCAGGAUCAUUUGUUGAAGAAGUUAUUUUUUUCUCCAAUGUAUGUUUUUGGCACCUUUGUCUAGUAUGAAAUAGCUAUAUUUAUGUGGAUUUGUCUCUGUGUCCUCUAUUCUGUACCAUUGGUCUACAUGUCUAUUUUGGUGCCAAUACCAUGCCAUUUUUGUUGCUGUAGCUCUGUAGUAUAGUUUAAGGUCUGGUAUUGUGAUGUCUCCCGCUUUACUUUUCUUGCUAAGGAUUGCUUUGACUAUUCUGGGUCUCUUAUUUUUCCAAAUGAAUUUCAUGGUUGCUUUUUCUAUUUCUGUGAAGAAUGUCAUUGGUAUUUUGAUUGGAAUUGCAUUAAAUCUGUAUAGUACUUUUGGUAAUAUGGUCAUUUUGACAAUUUUCCUUGAGACAGGGUCUGGUUAAGUUGCUUAGGACCUCACUAAGUUGCUGAAGCUGGCUUUGAACUCUUGAUCCUCUUGCCUUACGCUUCGAAGCCACUGGGAAUUACAGGUGUGCACUACAGCUCCAGUUCUUUUUUAAAAAAAUUUUUGAGACUGCUUCUUGCUAAGUUGCUAAGUAAAAGGGCUUGUGUAACUAGGCACCUCAGCUCUAUCUUCUGGAGAGAGUCUGAAAUGACUAGAGUAUUCAUCCUUAUAGUCACUUUGCCUGUGUUGUUUGGGAACUCUUCUCAGUACCUGCCUUUCUGAGAGGGCUUCUGUGAUAAUGAGAAGGUAGCAUCAGGUGAGAAAUCAGGGUCUUUGAGGUCUGUGUUCUUUGCAUAUAAUAAAGCUUCAAAUCCUUGAAUCCAGCUGGGUCAACAGUGGGCUUUUCUGAAAGGAAAAGAUUAUCACAGGGCUGGGGUUGUGGCUCAUCGGUAGAGCACUUGCCUACUGCGUGUGAAGCCCUGGGUUCAAUCCUCAGAACCACAUUAAAAAAAAUAAAGGUAUUGACAACUACAACUAAAAAAUAAAUAUUAAAAAAACCCCACCAAAUUAAAUUCUUUAAAAGAGGCUAUUACAGAAGAUAUAAAUUUUGGUGAAAACACUUUUUUUAUUGAUGCAUUAUAGUUGUACAUAAUGGUGGAAUAUAAUCAGGCCAUUAUCACCUGAAAGCACUUUUAUAGGACAAACUAAAUGUCCCAUAUACGCAGCAAAAUUAAGGCAUCCUCCAGUCUAGGAUUUUAAGUUUCAUUUGGGAACUGUGAUUGUGGGUGUGUUUUCUACUUCCUCAAAUUGGCUUCAUUGCCUGCAGUAGGGAGAGUAGUGUCUACCUCAUUAAAAGUAUCCAGAGGACCAAGUAAGAAGUUCUGUAAUGAGCUUUUUACUCAGCAAACCCUUCCUCACUCUCACUGUCGCAGAUGGAGUCAUGGGAACUGCACAAGUUCCCAGUAAGAUCCCUGUACAUAUACAUACAGUGGUUUAAGCCCUGUAAGGAAUGCUAGUAGAAACUACAUUGUCUAUAAAUUAUAGCCAGAAAACAUACCUAGCCUGACAUGCCUUGAAUCAGUUAAUAGGAUGUGUAAAAAGGUGUGCUUUGCUGAGAUCCAGUUGUGGCGUCUGGAUGCAUAAUCAGAACUAAGGUCCUAGACUUAUGGUGGAUAAGAGCCCUGACUGCCCCAGGAGCACAACUUUGGCUUAAAGGUGUGCCCCAGCUUUUAGUGAUCAGGAUAGAACUGAUAAAAAUAGUUGGUUGACCUAGAACACUGUGUAUCUUUUUAAAUGAAGUUAACCAGCCUUGAUCGGUUGUUUUUAAAUACAGACGUUAAUCAUUAAAGCUGGUCCCAAGCUCCACUGCUAAUAAGGUUAAUGGAGCUUGUCUUUGGCCUUGGACUGGGGCAGUAUGUGUGGAUACCUUGGGCGGAUAAGUCCGAGAUGAUGGAUAAGUUGGUUUUCCCUGUAGAAAUUGCAUUAAAUGGAUAAAUUUGAGCACCUUUCACCUUAAGUUUGUCUAUCAUAUUAGAUAAUGAGCAUUCUGGCCUACACAAACCUAGGAGCGGAGACCAAACAGAAGGAGGAUCGGGCAAGAUAAGCGACGGAGGACGAGCUGGCCGUAGACCCUGCUGCCUCCCCGUUUUCCCUGCCGUCUGCGUCCGGAGGAUGAGCCCAGCCUUCAGGGCCAUGGACGUGGAGCCCCGCACCAAGGGCGUCCUGCUGGAGCCCUUUGUCCACCAGGUUGGGGGGCACUCUUGUGUUCUACGCUUCAAUGAGACGACCCUGUGCAAGCCCCUGGUCCCGAGGGAGCAUCAGUUCUACGAGACCCUCCCAGCUGAGAUGCGCAGAUUCACUCCCCAGUACAAAGCUGUUUUGAUAUUUGUUAGGUUUGCAGAUGAGUUUGGGGCCUCUGGCAACAUAGAGACUAAGGAACAGGGUGUGGUAUCCGUGCGCUUUGAAGAAGAUGAAGACAGGAACUUGUGUUUAAUAGCGUAUCCAUUAAAAGGGGACCACGGAACUGUGGACUUUGUAGACAAUUCAGACUGUGAACCAAAAAGUAAACUUCUAAGGUGGACAAACAAAAAACAUCACAUGCUAGAAAUGGAAAAGACCCCCAAGGACUGGGUGCGCCAGCACCGGAAAGAGGAGAAGAUGAAGAGCCAUAAGUUAGAAGAAGAAUUUGAAUGGCUAAAGAAAUCUGAAGUCUUAUACUACAGUGUAGAAAAAAAGGGGAGUAUAAGUUCCCAGCUCAAGCACUAUAAUCCUUGGAGCAUGAAAUGUCACCAGCAACAGUUACAGAGAAUGAAGGAGAAUGCAAAGCAUCGGAACCAGUACAAAUUUAUAUUACUGGAGAACCUGACUUCCCGCUAUGAGGUGCCUUGUGUCUUGGACCUUAAGAUGGGCACACGCCAGCAUGGUGAUGAUGCUUCAGAGGAGAAAGCAGCUAACCAGAUCCGAAAAUGUCAGCAGAGCACAUCUGCAGUCAUUGGUGUGCGUGUGUGUGGCAUGCAGGUAUACCAGGCAGGCACUGGGCAGCUUAUGUUCAUGAACAAGUACCAUGGGCGGAAACUAUCAGUGCAGGGCUUCAAGGAAGCACUUUUCCAGUUCUUCCACAAUGGUCGGUACCUGCGUCGAGAGCUCCUGGGCCCUGUGCUCAAGAAGCUGGCUGAGCUCAAGGCAGUGUUGGAACGACAGGAAUCCUACCGCUUCUACUCAAGCUCCCUGUUGGUUAUCUAUGAUGGCAAAGAGUGGCCUGAAGUGGCCCUGGACUCGGAUGAGGAGGACUUGGAGGACCUGUCAGAGGAGUCAGCUGAUGAGUCUGCUGGUGCCUAUGCCUACAAGCCCAUUGGUGCCAGCUCAGUGGAUGUGCGCAUGAUCGACUUUGCUCACACCACUUGCAGGCUGUAUGGCGAGGACAGUGUGGUGCAUGAGGGCCAGGAUGCUGGCUAUAUCUUUGGGCUCCAGAGCCUGAUAGACAUUGUCACAGAGAUAAGUGAGGAGAGUGGAGAGUGAACUUGCUGGUUGUUCCAGUACUUGAGAGAGACUCUGUGUCCCAGACACAGCUGUGCUGCGUCAGGGAGGAGGCCAGUAUGGCCAGGUAGGGGUCCCUGCAGCCUGGAGCUGAUGUGCAGUGGCCUCUCUGAGCCCCAACCCGAGCCCGCUCCAGCUGCACUCGGGAGUCUUUAUUUAUUUUAACUAUUUCUUCAACAUUCCACAUUUGAUGAUGCAGAUACCUCUUUGUUCCCUGAGUGUAAACGUUCUAAUACAGAUCUUUUUGUUUAUUGUA